UAAGAUUCUUAGAUAUUUCUAAGCCAUCAAAAAUGCAUGAGUAAUCUUAAGGAAUAAAAGACUUCGGAAUUCUUUCUUAAAAGUUUGUUUUAACUAACCGGAUUGAUUUUUUUUGUGAACUAUUAGCGCGGUUUAUGACUGUCUAGGCGUCGUUCUGGAUGGUUUUAGGGGACUCUGAUUGAACUUAUGGACGUAUCCAGUAGAGAUACGAGCGAUUAUUAUGAUGAGUAUUCCGAUGGACCUAUAUCAGUUCCCCAACCAAGAUAUGAUCCUUAUUUCACACGGAAUGUAAGGAUCAUUGACGACCUUCUAGUCGAUGAAAAACGUUAUCACACAACACCGGGAUUUUGUGUUUCUCAACCCCUGCGAGAAAGACAUGGAUGAGGCGCUCUCUUCUCAACUGGCUAAGAGAUAUCUGUAUACAUCGUGGAACAGAUGGUGAGGUUCUAGCACAUGCAACGCAACUAAUUGACCGUUAUAUGCACAUAGUCCCUACUGAACAAGAUGAAUAUCAGCUAGUGGGAGCUACUUGCUUUUUUAUUUCCAGUAAACUGAAGGAAACCAUACCUAUUAGUUUGAGGAAGGUAACUGAGUACACAGCAAACUCACUAACGGAACAAGAUGUAUUGGCUAAGGAAUUGACUAUUUGUAUAUCUCUCAUGUGGGACCUAAAUUGUAUUACUCCAGUAGACUUCAUCGCCCCUGUCGUCGAAUACCUUGAUUUCGCACCAAGUUUGCGUCAGAUAAUCCGCCAAGCUGCUCUUUGUAUCUACGUUAAAGCUUUUCAUGUCGAAGAAAUUGGUUUUUACUUGCCCAGUUGCAUGGCAGCUGCAUGCAUUCUCUAUGCGCUUAAUUUAACGGUACAUCGUGAUUUGAGUGAUGCUGCUGUCCGAUCAGUAACUCGCAUUCAAAAAGUUUUGAGACUUGAAGCGAGAAAAAUACGUGAAGCAUAUCAAGUCCUUCAAGCUUGCUUUGAACCUGGAACAGUGCAACUAUCUAAAGCUGUAUUAGAUGGUGAUGUCGAACCUUCGGAUAGCCCUGUUCGAGAGGCGUCAGACCAUUUAGCUAAUCAAUCGCUUCCUUCUGCCACGACAUCAGUUAGUGCAACUGUACUACAACCUGUGACAAAUGUGGUAUAUACUCAUUCACAUCUUGAUGUUUCGAAUCAGUCUUCCACCGACAUCCCUUCGUUAUCUAAUUCUAUGGUUUGUGCAAAUAACGGUGUCAGUUUCGAUCGUAGCUGCAAACAUACCGCUUCUGCUUCUCUUUCAGCAUGCUCUACAUCUUCCCCUCCAUCAGAAGCUGAGACUUUGGGGUUAAAUGAGCUGGAAAGCGAGAACUCUCGGUGUGCAUACAGCAAUCGAUCCCGGUUAUCCAUGCCCUUGAUACACUAUUCUCAAAAACCUCAGUUUUUUCAUCAAACCGAUGAGAAUGCUACUGUGAACUUGAGUGAACGUAAACUUGUCCCAAUAGCUUCGAAGAAUUCAGUGUCAAAUCGGACAAGUAAAUAUAAAUAAGGAUUAUUCAAUGUAAAAUUUUAUUCUACUUAAGAAAAAAUAUUCAGUCAGCUGUAUUUAUUAUUUUUUUUAUUUUUUUCUUUGUAAUUUAUUUCUGCCAAAUCAUUGCUUGCUACUUUUAAAUCCAUCUAAGACCAAUUUUUCCACUAAUCAUUUUUCAAUUAAUUUUAAUUACUCUGACACGGUGUGUCCGCUAUAAAGUUUUUACCAACAAACAGCUUUUCUUUUCAUUUUAUUUGAAUCAUGCUUAUUUUCAGUAGCUAUUUCAUGAUAACCAUUGUACAAUUUCGGUCCUCGUAGUAUCCUCAACAGCCUCCUUUUACCUAAUAACAUGAUUAAUAAUAAUGGUAAUAACAAAUUGUGAUAAAGAAAGGAAGACGAAAUUUGCGAUAUAAAAUGAUAUCAUUCUAUUUCACACGUUCUCAUCAGCUGCAGACUACCUGAAAUUACAAUGGUUAUAUAUAUGAUAAUAAUACUUUAAUGUUAUUAAUUGUACUUUUAUUACUAUACUUUAAUUGCAAUGCUUUCAUUUUGGAUGAGUCAAUUUUAUAAUGUCUCUUCUUUACUACCACUCAAAUAUUAAUUUGAGUGGUAUGUUAUCAUCUAUAUAACCAUUGUAAUUUCAGGUGGUCUGCAGCUGAUGAGAAUCUGUGGAAUAGAAUGAUAUCAUUUUAUACUGCAAACUUCGUCUUCCUUUCUUUAUCGAAAUAUAUCAAGGUAACCAAAUGUAUGAAACAGCAAAUUGCUUUAUUCUUAAAAACAUGUUUAUGCACAGUACAGUGUUUAUAUCCACCACUACAAAAUGUGUAGCGUUUCAUUUGGUGGAAUAUUUUUCUGAAAAAUACUCCAACCACCGGCUGGUUUAAUCCAUAAACGAUAUACGAAAAUCCAUUCAAAAAUACAUGUGAUUUUAUAUUGUACUCGAAAAGGUGCGGUUAGAUUGUUCAAAUCGUUCAUUUUCUGCCCGAGCUUGGAGCACUUUACUUCUCAACGCGUGACUUAUCAUACUGAUUUUGUGAUUCCUGACCAUUUAAUUGAUUUCGGAGCUCUCGCUUUUAUUUUCUGACUAUAUAUGUGUAUGUUUAAAGGAAUAUAAAGUCAACCUAUUCACCAUGGUUAUUCCUGUGGCAGUCAGGAGCAGCUUCAAGUAUUAGCUGAUAACUCAACUGAUAGCUGACUACGUGCCAUUGUAACUUGCAGAUGCCUACGGAAGUCGCCUAAUUUAAACUGGAGUUAAAGUCAACAAUUCCGUCAUUGUUGUUACAGCUACGUCGGUGGCACAGUGGCUAAGACUCGCAA